AUGUCGUCUCUGCUGAGGGAGGAGAUGGACAGAGUCUUGUUCAGACCGGAGGGACAGAAGCUGGAGGAGUUUAUAGAAAUAGAGGAGCAACAGCAGGGGCGACAUUUUCUCUGCGUUUCUAUAACUAAGGAUAAAGAAGCUCAGAUCUCAGUUGUCCUGUGCCGGAGAGUUAAGCAUUCUCGGACCAAUAAGCUGCAGAAAUAUGGGCUGGAGGACAGUUAUGAAAGAACAGAGACUUGGGCCCUGGAGGACCUGCUGAUUCUGGACGGUAGAGAUCCAGAUACUGAUGAUCCCCGUUUCUUGAUGCAUUUCGACUCGGUGCGGUCCAUCAGAGCAGUGAGCUGUGCUGCGAAAUACACACUGGCCCGCUGUCUGCUGUCCCUGAGCAAGAAGUAUCACCACACGGCACUAAAACUUAAGAACUAUGACUGGACGUACAUUCAGCCCACUACAAUGUAUUCAGAUCGUGGUGACUGUGUUGUCCUUGCGCAGAUCUGUUUCUAUGCCUUUAACCUGGUGUGUCUUUCCAUGUGUCCUGUGCCUCUGGCAUAG